CAAUUUCUAAACUCAUUUCUGAUUUUCCCUCUCCAUUUUCUCCUCUGUUCCAUCAGUGAGCGAGAAGCCAGUAGCUGUCGUCUCUCUAAUGGCAACAGGGCCUUUUCACUGAAAAUUUUGGUUCAAGAGCUGGAGUUUUACAGGUUUCUGUGGAUUUUUGCACGGCCGGCUACAAUUUAGUGCGAUUACAUUGCAGUUGAAAGCGACAGUGGAGCUGAUUUGAAGCAGAAAUCGGUCUUCGUAGAUGGAUCUGGCAAAACGGAGGUUUGAUUUCGUAGAGCCUUUCGGCUCUCCCUCAAAAUGUGCCUGUUUUGGUUAUUCGAGUCCAGAAACCUCCGCAAAUGACGAUAAUAAUAUUUACAACUUGAUUGUAAAAGCGCUCAACAUCACCGAUUUGGAAACCGGCCUCUUCAAAUCAAUCAUACAAGACGACAAAGCUCGAUUUGUGGUUCAAUCAAAUAAGGUCUUCAAAGGAGACUCCACAACGGAUCGGAGCCUAGCGUUGAAGCUGCUUCUCUUGUGUUGCCUGUUUGACGCGAUUGACUGUGCCACGGCGCUGGUUAAUGGCGAGCUCGGAGUUGUACCGGUGGUUAACGAGGUGGACCCGGCGGCGGGGAUGACAGCGUUGCACACUGCAGCGGAGGCACACUCCGCGCGUUGCGUGGAGCUGUUGCUAAAGAGACGCGCUCGUACAGACCUGAGGAGCAAGGACGGACGCGCACUGCUCGCUCUGAUGCUGUCUCUGUCCAGUAGCAGGUUAGAUGUGAUCUGGAAUCCUGAUGACUACUCUGUUGAAGACUUGGUGGUUUUACUUAGUGAAAAGGAUUUGACUACGGUGAAACUUCUCAGUGAGAAGACAAAAGAAAUAGACCAGGUUGCAUAUGCUGUAGCCAUUGGAGGCAAAAUAGCGGCUUUAGCUGUUUUGCUGAUAGUAGCAGCAGAUAAAGUUAACCAGUCAACCAUAGUUUUGCACGACGCUGAUUCAGGUUCAAAGGAGAAGGCCACCAUAUAUGAGUGCGUAAUUGGAAAAACGUUGUCCCUUGGCCGCGACUUGUCUCCCGGAAGAGCCGCCAAACGAACCUGUACGCCGACAAAGACCGAGGCAGCCGAGAAGCGCAAGCUCCUACUUCGUGAGAUCGAGUUGCUUCAUCUUUUUGACGCUGUGGCUCAAACCAGUUCUUCGGAAAAGAAGCCGACGUCCCCAUUGAUCCUUGCUAUAAAGGCGGAAGAUGAAGCAGUUAUUGAGCUGCUUUUGAAGAGGAAUAUAGAUGUAAAUGACGCUGAUGAUGAUGCCGAGGGGAAUUCUGCCCUUCAUUGGUCUCUCCGAAGAUCCUGGGGUUCAUCUUCUCAGCAGAUCAAAAUCCUAUGCCUACUCUUGAACCAUGGUGCUCGAGUGAACCAAAGAAACAAGUUAGAACUAACUGCAUUCCACAUUGCUGCUUGCAAUGGCAAUUCACAGGCACUUCAGAUACUCCUGCUUGAAGACCCCGAUGGCAUCAACUACAAAACUUUAAUGAAAGAAACUCCUCUAUUUUUUGCUGUCAAGAACGACCAUAUUGACUGUGCUGAGCUGCUUCUGCGCUGGGGAGCAAACAGUGAAGUUCUCAAUUUGCGUAGAGAGAGGCCCAUAGACUUGGCAACAUCACAGGACAUGCGUUUCAUGCUAAACCCAACCAAUAUUAAUCUCAUGAAUCGUGCAUUCCCAGAGCGGAACCAUAUUCCUUCAUUGCUAGGUGAUGAAGUAAUUUUAGACACAUGUGAAGCACUUCUAGCCAUGACAGAUGAAGAAAUCCCCACCGAAAGAAUCUGCUCAAAUACAAAGACAGAGAUUUGCAAGUACUUUGAAUCCCCUACUGGAUGUGUCAGAGGAUCCAAGUGCUUUUAUGCACAUGGUAAAGAGGAGCUUCGGCCAAAGAAACAGGGAAUGCAUAUUGCACAUGCACUUAAACGAAGAAUUUUUGUAGGUGGACUGCCACCCUCGUUGGAUUCUGACUUCCUGCACAAGUUUUUUGAACAACAAUUUGGGUUGGUGGAAGAUGCCCAUGUUGCUAGAGUUCAAGCAGGAGAUGAUCAGAUACAAUCUCGAGGAUUUGGGUUUGUGACCUUUAAGCAUGAGAAGUCUGUUCUACUGGCUGUUCAAGCACACUAUGUAACUAUAAUGGGAAAACAAGUGGAGAUCAAAAGUGCCGUCCAAAAAUGCGUUUUACAGGCUCAAUCACAGAAACUAUCACCUAGAGAACAAGAACAGAAUAACCAACAUGUAUUGCAAUUGGAGACAACUAGGGAGAAGAAUGUGGACAAGAUACUAACUCAGAAGACCUCAGAAGAAGCUGAAUCUGAAAAAAUCUCCUGGCUGGGUAGAUUACUCAAUGGUAAAACGAAGACACCAUCCCCUGAAUCUGAAGCAGACGGAAGCUCCAAAUCAGUAAACUGGAACAUUCCUAUAUGGCUCAAAACUUUCAAGAAGUGGUUUCCCAGCUUUUUACAAGAGAAGCACCGGAAGGAAGGGCAAUAUUCUCUCUCAUCUCUGAAGGCUGAUUUCAGGGCUGCUUUUGGCUUAGAACUGGAUCAUGCCUCUCUCGGCUACCUAAAGCUUAGUGAUUUUAUGAGAUCUUUUCCCAACCUUUGUCACAUAAAGGAAGUUUCAGUAGGUGGACAUGGACAUGCUAAUCACAUGCUUCUCUUGCCUAUCCUUCGCAGGCCUCAUCAGAGAUUGCUUAAGCCUAUCAUGCAUUGCCAGCUCUCCAGCGCAGCCUCACUUGAUGAUAUUACCGACAGUGAUUCUGAUGGCACUGAGUGUCUUCAUGAUCCCUCAGAUCCUCGUGAAAAUGUUAGUGUCACCAAUAGCAAUAACAAAAUGGCAAAUCUACAACAUGAAGUCCCUGCCCCUGAAAAUGAUUCAGCUCUCAAGGACACAGUGCCUGAUAUGAGCUCUAGAUUUCUGCAGUUCUUAAUGCCUGGUUCUUUCAUGCUCUUCAAUACUCAGCCACCACCUAAUAAGGGCAAUAGUGGUGCCAAUGAUGAAGCAGGAGGGGUUGAGGGGAUGAAUGAAAGGCAACUCUGGCAUCAACAGAGGCACAUGGUUUUAGAAUCCCUUGCCAGAAAUAGCUCAUCUGUGUUCUUUCUUCGUGAAUAUGAUUUCUAUAAAAGUCAUAAGGCAAGCAUCAGGCAGGGGAAGUGCUUUUGGUGCAACCAGAACAAGUUGUUAUGGUCAAACUUUCCAUGCCAACAUCAGCUAUGGUGUAGUGACUGUAAAAUACUAGCUGCUCGAGCAUCUGGAAAUUAUGAACAUAGAUGCGUGGUGUGUGAUAGGUUAGUUCAAAAAUUUCUUUUCGUCCCAUCAGAUGGAUGUUCUCAAUGUUUACAUGGAGAUGCUCCCAAUCACAAGGAGUUCUCACCACUAGAUUCUUCACAUUUUCAAAUUGCAUCAAAGAAUCCUCCUUUGAGGAAUUUCUCUGGUAGCAUCGAAGAGAAGAUCAACAGAAUUCAUUCAGAAAAGGCUUAUAAUAGUAUAUGGAGUUUUCCUUGCACAGGCUGACAUAGAGAAAGAACAGGUGACAUAGUCUUACGCACAGGAAAGGUAUACAAACUCAGUUUCCCUUGUGACAGGCAACUCAUAGUUUUUGUAAUGAACUGAAACUAGCUGCGUGAAAAUUGUAAGUAAGCCUAUUAACAGGCAAAACUUCAAUCAUUUUGUCUUCUCCUAAGUUGUUAGAGUAAUGGAAAUAGACAGACCUUUCAUCU